AUGAAAAGAUUCAUUUCAAUUCUAUUGAUUGCCUUAACUUUGGCAGUUCUUGCUCUUUCCAUGACUUCUGACGUUAAUGCAGAGGAACAAACCAUGUCCUUGUACAUUGCCAAGAAGAACAACAAACAAAGAAGACUCAAGAAGGUUUCCCACAAGAAGAGAAGAAACAAUAAGAAAGUUCACAAAUAUUUGGAUACCUACGGAAGAAAGAGAAGAGGUUUGAAGAGACAUGGUAAGAAGAGAAUUAUCAGAAAGAAGAUUGACGUCUAUGGAAAGAAGAGAAGAUUCAAUAAGAAGAGAAGAAUCGACACUUAUGGAAAGAAGCAUAGAAAGAAUAGAAAACAUGGUAGAAAACACAGAAAGAAUAGAAAGAAUAGAAAACACAAUAAGAGAGUUGAUGUUUACAAGCGUAAAUAA